AGAUGACGGUACAUUCCUCAAAAUGUAACUCUCAGAUGUUCUUCCCUGAGCCUUGUCAACUAUGAAAUGCAGGGGGAAAAUUCAGCAUUUCCUAACCUCUUUUGACAGUAACAACGACUCCUUCGUGGGAGGUACUACAGCUUGAAAGUUCUAUUUAGUCAUUUAUAAGUGGUACAGGCAUCUAUGAAUCAUACCUUUUACUCCACCCAUUUAAAAUCUGAUUCAAUAAACAUUUAUUAAGGUUCUCCAGAAGCUAAGCACUCUCCUAGAUACAUCCUAUGCCCUUUGGGUCACAAGAAAAGGUUUCUGGACUGGAAUAUGAAUAAUUUACAUAUUUCAAAUUGGUUGAAGUCAAAGGAACUAUGAUGGUAAUCUGAUUUGAUGUUGGAGUAAAUGACUUGGAAGAUUUAACUAUGCAUGUCCAAAGGUACUCUUUCAAUUCAGUGGAUAUCCUGAUGUCCUAAAUUCGAAAGAAUUCAGUCUAUAAAUCCAGAAGGAAAAAAUAAUAGUUAUAAAUUAGGACACAAUUAUCUUUAGCCUUAGAGAUUUGGACGGAGUGUCAGGUAGAAUAACUACCUCUACAAAACGAGGGUGUUGACAAGGACUAAACCGGGAGGACUCUUUGAACAGGGGAGACCACAGACAUUCCAGAGAGCAAAGGGCCAAGAUGAGCAGUCCGAAUGACACUAUAAAACAAAUUACUAAACUGUUGCUCACAAUGUGUCAUAAGUAUUUCAAUGCAAGCCAAUCAGAGGACCACUGAAGAACAAAUUUAAACAAAAACAAGGAAGAUAUGUUAAGAAUUUUAUAAAUACCAGCUGGCCCAGAUAUAUAAAAGGCGCCACAUAGAUGUCACCACCAAAACUCCUCCAACUACCCAACUCUCAGCCAACCCCUGACACCAUGGCCUGCUGCUCCACUAGCUUCUGUGGGUUUCCCAGCUACUCCACCGCUGGGACCUGUGGCUCCAGCUGCUGCCAGCCAACCUGCUGCCCGACCAGCUCCUGUGGAACUGGCUGUGGCAUUGGCUGUGGCACCGGCUAUGGCAUCGGCUAUGGCACCGGCUACGGCCUGGAGGGUGGCUCCGGAGCUGUGAGCUGCCGCACCAGGUGGUGCCGCCCUGACUGCCAUGUGGAGGGCACCGUCCUGCCCCCCUGCUGUGUGGUGAGCUGCAUACCCCCUUCCUGCUGCCAGCUGCACCAUGCCCAGGCCUCCUGCUGCCGCCCAUCCUACUGCGGACAGUCCUCCUGCCGCCCUGCCUGCUGUGCCUACUGCUGUGAGCCCACCUGCUAAAAGCCAGGUUGCUGAUUUUCAACUUCUAAUUCAACUCAUGAGUUAACUAUCUCCUCAACCACCCCUGGACCACUAAGAAGUUCUUAGACUACAAGUUGGGUUUCUGUUAUGGGACGACCAAAUAUAGAAGUCCUAUCUGGUUCCAUUUCUACAAUGAAUACCUUGAGUAUGCACUAUGGACACAGAAAUGCUGUGACCCACCUGGUGAUCAUCAAAUUGCUUUGGAUAUACUAUGUCUGUUCUUCCUGCAGGGCUGAAGAUUACUGACACAUUAUGGAAUUCAUCCUUGAGAACUGUCCACAAGUCUAAUUUUUCCCUGCUUUAUGAUCUAUUUUUAGCUUCUGUUUACCUAAAAUUUUUCCAACAUCAAAGUCAACUGACAGUCUUUAGAUGUCAUCAGAGAGAAUGGAAGCUCCUUCCCCAACAUUCAGCUUCUAAGAAGUAGUCUACACUUUUCCAUAUUUCAACAUCUGAUUCCAUCUCUUUUCUUUGGAUCAUAUAAUGAUCUUAUCUGUUGGCUAUUUCAAUUAUAUCUGUGAUACAGUGUCUUCUGUCAUUUCUUAAUAAAUGUAAUUUACUGGGCAAAGAAACAA